UUGUUCCAACAGAAUCGAAGUAGCUAGCGUUUAUUUCCAUGGUAUCGAAAAAUAUCUCCCACCCGAUCCUCUUCAUCUUCCUUGUUGCUUGUAAUUUUUCAUGUUCUUCUGCACAAACUUGGAUUCGAGCUGGUUACUGGUACACCGGCAGCGACUUUCCUUUACCGGAGGUAAACUCUGCCUUGUUCACACAUCUUAUUUGUGCUUUUGCCAAUGUGAAUUUCUCCACCUACCAGCUCUCCACCCCUUCUGCUCAUGAACAAAACUUCUCGAGCUUCACCGAUAUUGUCAAGCGCAAAAACCCAUCAAUCACAACGCUCCUAUCCAUAUGGAACGGAAAAGCAGCAACAACUCAGCUAAUUUUGGGUCAGAGAGCUAACUUUUCAGUCUUGUCUAAAAUGCUCGAAAACCCUUCGAAUAGAAAGUCUUUCAUUGAGUCUUCCAUCAAUGUGGCAAGACGUUAUGGCUUCCAAGGUAUAGACUUACUCUGGCCUUGGCUUAACACAGCCUCAUAUAUGAUCAAUAUGGAAAAGCUACUGGACGAGUGGCGAGCUGCUGUGACUUCUGAGGCAAGAAACUCUGAUCUGCCACGAUUAACAUUGACAAUGGCGGUUAGGUAUAUUCCCACUUUUGAAUCGUUGAUUUAUCCAGUUGAAUCUAUGAAGAGGAAUUUGGAUUGGGCGCAUGUUGUGGCGUAUGACUACCAUCUUCAUUUAAAGGAGAAUGUUACUGGUGCUUAUGCUGCUUUAUAUGAUCAUUCGAGCUAUGUUAACACCGACUAUGGGAUAAAGCAAUGGUUAAACUACUCAUUUCCGGCCAGCAAACUGGUUUUGGGUUUGCCUUACCACAGCUAUGCGUGGACAAUUGCAAACCCCAAAGACAAUAAUGGAAUUGGGGCACCUGCAUCUGGCUUUGCUGUGACAAAAGAUGGAUCAAUGAGCUAUAAGCUCAUCAAGUGGUGCACUCGAAGCUACGGAGGGCUCAUAGCGUAUAAUGAUACUUAUGUCGUGAAUUACUGCACGGUAGGAUCGACUUGGAUUAAUUUCGAUGAUGUGGAAGCUAUCAGAUCUAAGAUUGCAUAUGUGAAAGCGAAGAAGCUACGGUACCAAUGUGUUUCAAGUCGGCAAUGAUGAUGAAAUUUGGGCUCUUUCUCGGGCAGCUCAGGAGGAAGGAAAUGAUCACGAAAAGAAACCCCGGUUAUUGCUUGUAAUAGUGCUAUCAGUUACUUCGGUCGUAAUUCUCAUAGCUUUCGUGGUGUGUUUCUGGCAGAGAGAACUAUUGAAGACAAGAGGGAUGAUUGUUCUAGGCAGAUCUAGGUCUACUAGUACAUCGGCUGUUGACAGUGAUGCUCCGAAU